GGACAGUCUUCUGGACACAGGAGGUACAAGCUAUAGGACAGAGGAGUGAGAAACCCCUGGAUACAGGAGGGACAGUCUGCUAGACACAGGAGUGAGAAAUCACUGGAUACUGGGAGGACACAGGACAGCCACACUGCUGGACACAGGAGGGACAGAUUGUCGGUGAGUUUGUGCUGAGUGAAUUUGCUGUGCGGUGACCAGGGAUGUGGAAAGGAGGGGUAGGAGGCAGAAGGAGAGAGAGUCCAGGGAGCGGGGACUGAAAAAAGGGAGCGUUUUUCUGUUUGUUCUUCAGAAGGCCCAUUCUGCUUUCAGACACCAGCAUGUUUUUCCUGAAAGCAGAAGUUUCUGUCUGUCAUGGAGUGAGUAACGAGCGACAGCAACAAGGGAAACUGCUGAAUGGGUCUGUGUGUGGGGGCGGCUCAUUCCAACUUCGCUUUUGUCCUCCUCUCGCGGACUCACACAGUCUAGUCCACAAAGAAACCCACCCAAACGCACAACCAGUCCGGCAGCCGUGGGGAAGUCUGCAGGAGCUGGGAGGCUGACAAGAGCGCCCCCUGUCUCCCAGGAGCAGGUCUGUCGCCUCUGCAGCAACCUGACAAACGCUCUGCCCCCCCCCCCGCUUCCUACUUCCUCCACACCUGCAAGCCUCACGAUUGCCGGUGAAGUCACUCAGCGUCCUGGUGAGUUUUCAGGCCUUGUGGAGGCCUGCUGCUCUUCUCAGGCUGUUCCAGGUCCAGGAGCGCCAGCAGCCCCAUGUCUGUGCCAGCGGCGCGGUCAGGGGAGUAUGGACUGUAGCCACAACAGCAGCUGCUCUGGGGCGCCCCCUCCUGGCCACUCCAUGCUCUCCACGCUGCUGCUGUCCGUGGUGCUGGCGGCGAUCAUCGGCCUGACCGUCUGCGGCAACGUGGUGGUGUUCCUGGCGGUGGGCGUGAGCCGCAAGCUGCGCAGCGUCACCAACUGCUUCAUCGUGUCGCUGGCCGUGACCGACCUGCUGCUGGGGCUGCUGGUGCUGCCCUUCUCCGCCGUGCAGGAGCUGAACGGCGACUGGCCCUUCGGCGCCACCUUCUGCAACAUCUACAUCAGCCUGGACGUCAUGCUGUGCACCGCCUCCAUCCUCAACCUCUUCAUCAUCAGCCUGGACCGCUACUUCGCCGUCACCGCGCCGCUGCGCUACUCCGCCCUGGUCACGCCGGGCCGCGUGGCCGCCGUCAUCACCCUGAUCUGGGCCGUGUCGCUCAUGGUGUCCUUCCUGCCCAUCCACCUGGGCUGGAACACGCCCGACUUCAGCGUGCAGAACAAGGGCCGGGGCGACCCGCAGGACGAAUGCCGCUUCGAGCUGAACCGCGGCUACGUGCUGGUGGACGCUUUCGGCACCUUCUACCUGCCCCUGGCGGUCAUGUGCGCCACCUACUACCGCAUCUUCAAGAUCGCGCGGGAGCAGGCCAAGCGCAUCAACAUCGCCACUUCCUGCUGCGCCGCCGCCGCCUCCUCCUCCUCCCCCCUCGCGGCGCACGGCCCCCCACCCGCCGUCCGCGAGCACAAGGCCACCGUCACGCUGGCUGCCGUCCUGGGGGCCUUCAUCGUCUGCUGGUUCCCCUACUUCACCUUGUUCACCAUCAUGGGGCUGCGGGAGGGCAGCGUGCCCAAGACCGCCUACACCAUCGUGCUCUGGCUGGGCUACGUCAACUCCGCCAUCAACCCCAUCCUGUACGCCGCCUUGAACCGCGACUUCCGCAACGCCUAUGGCCGCCUGCUGCGCUGCCGGCGGGUGGCCCCGGCCCCCGCUGUGUCCCACCCGCCGCAUGGCCAGGCAGACCCGCUGUGGGGCAACUUGCAAGGUCACAGUCCAGGCUGCAAGGAGGGCCUGACGGAGGAGAGUGGCCUCAUGCUCCAAGAGAGGAACGGCAACCCAGCGCCGGCGCACAUGAGAGCCAGCCGCUUCCCAGCGCAAGCCGAGAUGUCGGUGCGGCGCUCCGCCGCCCUCUCGGGGUCCCUCCCGUAG